AUGGUCACUGUUCAACGAUUCGCCAGCCUUUGGCUCGUCCUCGCCAGCGUGCUGAGCUGGUCUCGAACGACCUCAGCUUCGCCACUAUUCGGCCCAUCCUACCACCCUGUGGUCAUCUGGCAUGGUCUAGGAGACUCUGCCUACUCCGAAGGCAUGCAAUCUUUUGCUCAGUCCCUCAAAGACGCUUUUCCAGGCAUUUUUGUCCACCUAGCACACGUAGGCGACGAUGUCUCUUCUGACCAAAAGGCCGGCUUCUUUGGCGAUUUGAGCAAACAGCUGCCACUGAUCUGCAAGCAGAUCGAAGAUGUUCCCGAAUUGAAGGAUGGAUUCGACGCGAUCGGAUUCAGUCAAGGCGGUCUAUUUAUGAGAGCAUACGUGGAGCGGUGCCAGAACGCUCCUCCGGUGAGAAAUCUGGUCACUUUUGGCAGUCCUCAAAAUGUGAGUCUCGAUAGAAGUGUUGUGGUUAGAGGCAGGGAAAUGUCCAGCGAUCGUAGCGCCCAACUUCCAUGCGCGUGCACCUAUCUGGCUGGCCAUGGAGCUGAAAACUUCCGUAUCGCCUCGUGCGUGACUAUCACACACCACACAGGGCAUUAGCGACCUUCCAGCUUGCACCGGCUUGCUCUGUCGCCUUGCUGAGGGUGCUCUUCGCGGUGGAGUGUACACCGACUACGCUCAAACGAAUGUAGUGAGCGCUCAAUUCUACCGUGAUCCUCGGAGCGAGACGGGUUAUCCAGCCUACUUGGAGCACAACCGUUUCCUUCGAGACAUCAACAACGAGGUCUCCAUCAACAAGGACUACAAGAAGCAGAUCAUCAAUCUGGAAUCCUUGGUCUUGCUUCAAUUCAGUCAGGAUAAGACGAUUGUGCCAAAGGAGAGCAGCUGGUUCGGUACCUAUCCCCUGUACAACCAGAGCGAAUCGGAAACGGCAGACGAGCCAAAGGCUCAGCCUAUCCCGCUCAAGCAGACUGCGCUGUAUACGCAGGACCGUCUGGGUCUCAAGACGCUGGACAAGCGAGGAGCUCUGGUCCUCGACGUCUGCAAAGGGUGCGUGGCUAGCGCUCCGCUGGGACGCGCGCAGCUUCAAUCUUGCCCCAGAUGCACUCACACUGCCCGCCUCUUCCCUUUCUCAGGCAACACAUGCAGAUCGAUGUGGCGUGCCAACAAAAGGUGUUUGGCACGUACAUUGGCACACCAGCAAGCUUCCGUCUCCUGCCUCGACCGAUUCGCAAUGCCUGGGCCUACUCACUGUACAACACUACGGGCCUGCGCGCAGCCUCGAUGCCACCAGCGCUCAAUCUGCUCCUCUUCCUGACGGCAAUCAUCCUCAUCAGGACCGUGUACCUUUUCGGCACUUUUGCACGCGCUUCGUAUCAGAAAAGGCAAGAGGGCCAGAUACGGCUUGCCUGA